AUUACAAAUUUUUAUCAGCUGAAUCAGUGAUAAGCAAGUCAAACGUACACAAAUCUUUAGAAUUUGUUAUCUCAAAGUGAUUAGUCUUAAAGCGGCUUCUGUUAUCAGGUAUUUUCAAGAAAAAUGCUUCCUAAAAAGGUCCCCUUCCGCAUCCGUUCGGAAGCUGGACUACAUUGAGUGGUAGUGCAAAAAGUGAAAAAUUCUAGUAGAGAGAUUCCAACAAAAACCAAAAGAAAAAAACGAACUUGGAACAACGUAGAAAACAUCAACCAGCAGGAACGACGGGGAGUGACCUUGAUCGGAAACGGUUCCGUGGUCUGAGGGAUGAAUGUGGAACUACGCGAUUUCGAAAUAAGUGAUUCCGAGCAAGAACUACUGAUCAGCAAUAACAAUCCGUCGGGCAAUCGACGACAUUCCGGCAGGGUAACAUACGGUGGGCGUUCCUAUCGCAAUCGAAGAAGACAACCAUUCAAGCUGGGGAAUUUUUUGAAAAAUUUGUGUUGCUGCUGGUGCUGGGCCUGGCGAAAAUGGUGCGCUUCCAAAGAACUCAAGCCACGUACGGUCCUCAUCGGGCGCCCGACGACUGAAAAGUUUCCGGCCAAUGAAGUGCGCAACCAGAAGUACAAUCUGUUCACCUUUCUGCCAUUGGUCCUCUUUGAGCAGUUCAGAUUCUUCCUGAAUCUGUACUUCCUGAUCAUGGCUGUCAGUCAAUUUAUUCCGGACAUUCGGAUCGGUUAUCUGUACACUUACUGGGGACCGUUGGGAUUUGUACUGGCGGUAACGAUUUCUCGUGAAGCAAUCGAUGAUCUGCGGCGGCAUAAGCGAGACCGAGAAGUCAAUUCGCAAAAGUACAAGCGCUUUGUGAGUGCUGACAAACCCCCGGAGUUGGUUCCAUCCUCAAAAUUGAAGGUCGGCGAUAUCGUUAUGGUAGAAAAAGAUGAACGAGUACCGGCCGAUUUGAUACUGCUACGAACCAGUGACAAAAGUGGAGCUGUGUUUGUCCGAACGGAUAUGUUGGAUGGUGAAACUGAUUGGAAGCUCCGGUUAGCUGUACCCGCUACGCAAAAAUUGAAUGCUCAUGGUGAUCUUUUUAAUGUGGGUGCCUCACUGUACGUAGAGAAGCCGCAGCGUGACAUCCACACGUUUAUCGGAACUUAUUCAAAGCUUGAAGGAUCCGAAGACGAGGGUCUCAACGUAGAAAAUACGCUAUGGGCUAAUACAGUUGUUGCAUCAGGAACUGCGGUUGGAAUCGUUAUUUACACUGGUCCAGAAACCCGAAGUGUUAUGAAUAAUUCCCAACCAAGAUCUAAAGUAGGACUUCUGGAUCUUGAAAUCAAUGGUCUUACAAAGGUUCUGUUCUGUGCCGUAAUUGGACUCUCGUUUGCUAUGAUGUGUCUGAAGGGAUUCAACGGUCCGUGGUACCGAUAUAUGUUCCGGUUUAUACUCCUGUUCUCCUACAUCAUUCCAAUCAGUUUGAGGGUGAAUCUAGACAUGGGCAAGGCAUUUUAUUCCUGGCAAAUGCAAAACGAUGAAGAAAUUCAAGGCACUGUCGUUCGCUCGACAACCAUCCCGGAAGAACUCGGCAGAAUAUCUUACCUGUUGACAGAUAAGACUGGAACUCUAACCCAGAACGAAAUGGUUUUCAAAAAGAUUCACGUUGGCACGGCUGCUUACGGAAGGGACACCUUCCCAAUGGUGUCAGCUGCUAUCUUCUCAGUUUACAACAGUAUUACGGUUCAGGGCGAUGCUUCGCCGGGAAAAUCAUCUGAAUUUCAACCUCGACUCAGAAAGCCCGAUGGUUGGCGCAUUUGGGAAUCAGUGAAGGCAUUAGCUCUUUGUCACAAUGUAACACCUGUUUAUGACAGCGGUAACGCUGGAAAUGGAAUCAAUUCAGACAGACGAAAUUCACCUUCUAGAUCUAUCUCGGUGGAAGCUCAGGAAUCCUCCAAGUUACCAGAAAAAACUUAUCAGGCUUCUAGUCCAGACGAAAUUGCUCUCGUUAAGUGGACCGAAUCUGUUGGCUUAACGCUGAUCAACCGAGACCUGAACCAUAUUACUCUACAGGUCCGUGAGAAGGAAUCACAGCGCAGUUCAAUGAAUGAAAACGCCUCGAUCAACACGACGGUUACGAAUCUCUCGGUCAACUCGAAGACCGAUCUCAAUUCCCCGUCGAGCUCGGGAAGUGUUACAUCGUUGAAUUCGCUCGCCGGUGGCAUCAUGAAGUACCAAAUACUGCAAACGUUUCCGUUUACCAGCGAAAACAAGCGGAUGGGCAUUAUCGUGAAGGACACGAGUACCGGAGAAAUAACGUUCUACCUAAAGGGCGCGGACGUUGUGAUGUCGGGUAUCGUUCAGUACAAUGAUUGGUUGGCCGAGGAAAGCGGUAAUAUGGCUCGAGAGGGUUUACGUACAUUGGUGGUGGCCAAGAAGGUUCUUACGGAAGAUCAGUACAAUGACUUUGAAACUCGUUAUAACGCAGCCAAGGUGAGCGUUACAGAUCGGGCAACUAAAGUUUCUGCUGUGAUUGAAAGCUUGGAACGUGAGUUAGAACUGCUUUGUUUGACUGGAGUUGAAGAUCGCCUCCAAGAUCGCGUGAGACCCACUUUAGAACUGUUGAGGAAUGCUGGAAUCAAAAUUUGGAUGUUGACUGGAGACAAGCUGGAGACGGCCACGUGUAUCGCCAAAAGUUCACAUUUGGUUGGAAGAAAUCAGAACAUCCAUGUACUGAAAAGCGUUCUCACCCGAACAGACGCCCAUCAAGAACUAAAUCAAUUCAGAAGAAAGCAAGAUUGUGCACUGGUUGUUUCUGGCGAGAGCUUGGAAGUUUGCCUUCAAUACUAUCAGCCAGAGUUUAUGGAAUUGGCCAUUGCAUGCCCGGCUGUAGUGUGCUGCCGUUGUAGUCCGACACAAAAAGCCCAAGUAGUAUCUCUGAUUCAGAAGUAUUCCGACAAGCGUACAUGUGCAGUCGGGGAUGGAGGAAACGAUGUCAGUAUGAUUCAGCAGGCUGAUGCAGGAAUAGGUAUCGAAGGUCGAGAGGGUAAACAGGCAUCCUUGGCUGGUGAUUUUAGUAUACCUCAAUUUUCACACAUUGCCAAGCUGUUGAUCGUGCAUGGUCGUCGAUCGUACAAACGAUCUGCUGCACUAUCUCAGUUUGUGAUCCAUCGAGGUUUGAUUAUUUCAACCAUGCAAGCCGUUUUCUCUGCGGUGUUUUAUCUCUCUUCCGUGGCCUUGUAUCAGGGAUUCCUCAUGGUAGGCUAUGCUACCUUGUAUACAAUGUUUCCUGUGUUCUCGCUAGUUCUGGACCAGGACAUUAGCUCGAACAUAGCCUUGACUUACCCAGAGUUGUAUAAAGAACUAUCCAAAGGAAGAAGCUUGAGUUACAAGACCUUCUUCAUGUGGGUACUGAUCAGUAUCUACCAAGGUGGUGUAAUAAUGUACGGCGCAUUGAUUCUGUUUGAGGAUGAAUUCAUUCAUAUAGUUGCGAUCAGCUUUUCGGCGCUCAUUUUAACUGAAUUGAUUAUGGUAGCGCUGACUAUCAGAACAUGGCAUAAAUUAAUGGUGCUAGCAGAGCUGUUCAGCUUAGUGUUGUAUAUUAUUUCAUUGGCAGUUUUGCACGAAUACUUUGAUUGGGAGUUCAUCUGGUCCUGGGAAUUCCUCUGGAAGGUCCUGGUUAUAACACUGGUAUCCUGCUUGCCGUUGUACAUUCUGAAAUUCUUACGGAAGAAGUUUUCACCUCCAUCCUACUCCAAGCUGACAUAAAGUGCGCAAUUAAUCGACCAUCAAACAACCACCACAUAAUUCUAUAGAGAUGUACACAAAGUUUCGAUUCUCACUAACGAAAAGAAAAGGAAGAAUACAGCUUAGAUUCUAACGAAAUAUUAAUCUGAGUAUUGCAUUCAGGAAAUCGCAUUCAUAAAAAUUUGAGAUUCUUUUUAACUACUACUUUCGAGUCUUGACGUGAUAUAAUGUUUAUAAAAUCAGCCAAAUUCAUCAGUAUUCUUGAAUUGGUUUUCGCAUUUUCUUUCUAUUCAAGAUUUCUGCUGUACUCCUGAGUUCGAACCAACAAUUUGCAAGAGUCUUGUUUAACGUUUUUUGGCUGGAACACGCACUCUUAAUCUUUGAAUAUUCAUCAAUAUUUUCUAACGUGUAUCACACAAGUAUUAGUGGCAAAGUUUUCUGUUUAAACGCACCGCUUUUUACGUUAAAAUUUAAUAGAAACUGGCAUAUGCUGACACAAAUAUUGAUAUAUAAAAAACAGAAAUUUGUCGCGAGUUUUUCACAGGCCAUGCACAUACUUAAAAUUUAUAAUAUUUGAGUAAGGUAUAAGAAACAACGAAUUUUGUUAAUCUUAUUACCUAACUCAUUCAGUUUCAUUUUUAAAACUUUUUAAAAUUGCGUAAUUGUUUCAUUACUUAUGGUUGUUCAUUAACUGUACCAUCAUGAAAUUCUUAUUUGUACAGGGAGACACUUUUGUUGAACAAAAAUGGUAUCAGUUUUAUAAUUUUUGAAAUUUUGAAUUUUGUUUCAAUAUUUGUGGCGGCUUAUGCUAUUUCAUUAACAACUUAUAAAGCUUUUUGAUUCUGAUUAGUUAAAAUUUUUUUUUUCAAACUUUUUUAUUUUUACUUUUUCAAGUGUUUAUCAACCAAACUAGUUUACACGUUAAUGAAACUAAAAUAUUUUAUGUGAUUCAAAUUUUCUACCUAAUGAAUUCAUUCUGACUACAUACUUUCUAAGAUAUUGUCGUUAGCUUUAUUACAGGAGAACAAUAUUAAGGAUCCGUUAUUUGUCAAAGGAGUGACUGAAAUCCGUAAGAAAGAAUAAAACUGCUAGUUAGGGUCAUACAUUUCAUAAGAAGGAAGUAAAAUGAACGGAAAAAAGGUUUUGAAGUGUGUGCCGCCCUAUCAGUGAAAGAUAAAUUAAAUAAAAAACGUGGAGCGCAUAAUGUUUUACUGUAA